ACAGUUUACAUUGAUGUCCUGUUUAAACUUAACAAGAUAAUGACUUGCUGGAUAAUACCUGUGAAGGAUUUUAAAGGAUACUUCUCUUAUUUUGUUUGUCAAAAGAUACUUAUAGGGUAGAGUCCAGAUGUUCUUCCACUUGAGGUCUUUUACAAGGUUGUUCAAGUAAUUGACAACAUAAGGCAGACAAACAAUAUCAUUCUGAAAAUAUAAUAGACAGAAGUGGUAGCCUGCUAAAGCCAUAAUUCUCAUCACUAGAGGGGAACCGAACAUGAGGAAUGUUAGUGGAAAGGAGUGUUCAAAAGCUCCCAGGGUUUGGCAACACUACUGUAGCCUACACGUUUUGUGUGGCGUCAAUAACUGUGAUUAUAGAUGGGCAAAAAUCCAAAAUAACUAUAUUUAGCUUAAACAGAUAGUUUUUGGUAUAAAAAAAAACACUGUUUUAGGGGAUUAACAUCAAAGUAAUAAUUAUAAUAAUUUGCUGCGUUGAAUACAGCCCGUGUAACAGACCGGAAGCUCGAUGUAACGGAAGCGGAAACGGAAGCCGAGAUGUGAAGAGCCAGAAGAGAAAUAUCGAGUGAUAAUAAAUGCGAAUAAAACGGUGGUUUUAUUGAGUUGGUCGAUGGGAGACCACGGCGAUAUUAAAGACAGUCUCUCCGUGUAACGUUACUUGAGAGACGGAAGUGACGACGCAAAUACGUACCGUGUUUUUUACGUUAUUUAUAAGUAACCCUCCGUGCCGUUAACACACCUGACCACCGCCUACGUCACGUCAGUGUGUUCCAUUGACUGACGUUAAAGCUGCUGUUGUCUUAGUAACGCUGUCUGACUGGAUGGGAACACUACCAGACAGGUUUCACCUGAUUUCAUGAGUCAUGUAUCCCUCAAUGAAAGAAAUGGAUCCAGUUCACAGUGGGACCGGUAUCUUCUACCAGGCAAUACCUGCUGUUGCAUCCGAUGGAAAGAACAUCAUGAAACUGAUUCCUGUGCAAAUGGUCGACGGACAGUUUUUCAAAUCUCAAAAUAGCCAAUGCAAAUCGGAUGCUACACCACAGAAAGCUGUAACCACAAAUAUUGUCUCGGCACCUGUUCAGAUGGUAAAAAUGGCAGCUUUGAAUCCUUCUGCCACUAAGCAAAUUGUCAGACAGCAGGUUUCCCUCAUGAGUGUCUCCUCUAAUCAAGUAGGUUUGGAUCUUGGUAAUUCGCUGAACAAGCAUCCACUACAGCAACAAAAUGCAAAUUUAAUGGCCAUAGUACCUCCAAUGACAACACCUGCAACAAACAGUGGGAAGUCAGGAAGACCUCCAAGUCAGCUCCCAGUCACAGUGAAAUCUCCAACACUCUCCAGAGGACAGUGCCUUCAGUUUCCCCCUAAUGCACAAGUCCCAACAGUCCCAGCAUCGGAACUACUUCCGGUUAUCAAGAAACCGAUUUUUACUUCAUCAGCCAACUCCUCUCCAAAUUCAGGUUUACCCAGUGCAGCCUAUGUGUCACCUAUCGCAAGUGUCAAUAUAGGCCUUACUCCACAAAGUGAUUCUGCACUUGACAAGCUCAAGUUGCUUUGCAACAUAGCAAAUAUAACUUCACGUGAACCUCCAUCAAAAGGAUCAAAAUUAUUUCCAAAGGUUUCACAAAGGCCCAACAGCCCCAUAAAGUGGGUAAUUGAAGAAGAGGACAGUUCAACGGCGCCAACUCUUGAUCAUAUCGAUUGUUCUGUUACUUCAGAGGUUCUUCGCGUUGUUGCAGGGAGAGAAAUAUUUGGGAAGCACUGUGACAUCAUUACACAACCAGGUCCAACUCUUGAUCCUAUUGAUUUUUCUGUUACGUCAGAGAUUCUUCGAGUUGCUGCACAGCUAGAAAAUGCUGGGAAGCCCUGUGACGUCAUUACAAAUCCAGUUUUUGGGUCGAGUCAGGGUAAAAGUGGACGAGGACAGGAAAAAACCAUGGCCAUAUGCAACGGGAAGCAUCAACUACAUCAACAGAAAGCUCCGAUGGCAACACCUGUAACAAACAGUAGGAAGUUAGGAAGACCUCCAAAUCAGCUCCCAGUCACAGUGAAAUCUCCAGCACUCUCCAGAGGACAGUACCUUCAGAUUCCCCCUAAUGCACAAGUCCGAACAGUCCAAGCAUCUGAACUACCUCCGGGUAUUAAGAAACAGAUUUUUACUUCUUCAAACAACUCCUCUCCAAGUUCAGGUUUACCCAGUGCAGCCUACGUGUCACCUAUCGCAAGUGUCAAUCUAGGCCUUACUCCACAAAGUGAUUCUGCACUUGACAAGCUCAAGUUGCUUUGCAACAUAGCAAAUAAAACUUCAUGUGGACCUCCAUCAAAAGGAUCACAGCCACAUUUAAAAUUAAUUCCAAAGGUUUCACAAAGGCCCAACAGCCCCAUAAAGUGGGCAAUUGAAGAAGAAGACAACUCAGCGGCUCCCACUCUUGACCCUACUGAUUUUUCUGUUACCUCAGAGAUUCUUCGAGUUGUUGCUGAGAGAGAAAAUGGCGGGAAGCACUGUGACAUCAUUACAAAACCAGUUUCUGGGUCGAGUCAGGGGAAAAGUGGACGAGGACAGGAAAACAACUUGGUCAUGUGCAGGGGGAAGAUGUUUUUUGUGGCCCAAAAUCCCCAACAAUCACUUGAGUCAGCUGCACCUCAGAAAAGGCAGGGCGUCAAAAUGAUUCUUCUCGAUGGGUCGGAUGAAGUGAUUGACCUUUGUGACGAUGACACUCACGAUGACACGUCUCAGCAAGCAGCAUCAGUUCAUAUGUCAGCAGUCACUCAUCCGGAUGAAGACAAUGUAAUAUUUGUGUCGUAUAGUCCACCAAAAUCUGAGUCUGAGUCUGAGUCAACACAAGAUUUGAGACUAAAAACACAAAUGGCACUUGUGAAGGAAACAGACCAGAUGGGCAAAAGCAGCUCGAACAAUGUGACGGAACAAAAGAGCCUGGAUGAUACAGCUGGCACUCUUGGAAGAAGAAAACCUGGCCAGAGCACGUCAGUCAACACGGUCAAAAAUCGUACGCAUGCCUGUGGUUCAGCGGUGAUGCACGAGGCCUCAAGCAUCAGCAGUCAGCAGAGCACCUCCACCAAACAGUUGGAGAGCAUGGAUGUAGAAACAAAAAGUCCAGCCGAUCCCAGCACCUCUGACGGCAGCAGCGAAAUAUGCUCUCGAAUGGAGGACACCCACAAGAUGGAGAGCUCUAUGAAUCCCGCAGAAAGCUGGACAUCUUCGCUGUCACCAGAAUCGUGUGAAAUGGCCGAUAAUCUGCUGAGACAGAUGUUUGGGAUAACCGCGGAUGUGAAGAUUUGCCUGCAGAGAAUCGAUGGAGCCUCAGUUGGGUCUCUUCCUGCAGAACCUCUACAGUGUGUGUCCAUGAGGUCAGUGGAGGAUCAUCAGGAACCCACGAGCGAGUUGAAAGAGAAAGAACUUUUUUCACAAGAAACUGACAGCUGCAGUGGUCUCAUCAAUGACGAAAGAGUGAAAGUACCAACUGACCAGGAACUGUCAGGAGACUCUGCCACUCCAAGCCCUCACACAGAUAUUGGACCUCUCGAAUGUUCACAUUUCAAACCGAACACAAAAACGCUUUCUGUUUUGAGGAAUAAGCGCCAUUUAGGUAACACUUCGCUCACAGGAACAUCGGAUGAUGUUGAAACUGAGUCAAUGAUUGGCUACGUGGAACCCAUAGAUGAGGAUUUCCUCAGCACAGAUGAAAGUGACACCCACAACUCACAGGACACGGCUGCCCGGCCACAGACUCCGACUUGUGUGGAUCUGGAUACAAGCACAAGGAGAAUGGGAAGAAAAAGGAAGCGCACAACGUGUCCAUGUUGCAUCCCUGGUACUCAAGAGCCAGAGCAGUGGGCGUGGACGACAGAGCGCACAAGUAAAAAAGGGGGAAGAACAAACGCUGUAAGAAAAGAUGUAAAAACAUCUGGAAGGAUCAGCUGUCUAACAGCCAAGAACAAGCACAUAUGUAGGACUUCUGAGGAUCCAGCCAGUGAGAGUUUAUCCACAACAUCCGUGGACUAUGAUGAACUAAAACUACAUGAACAGAUCACAAGACUCAAAGAGCUUCUCCAUGAGAAGGAGGCAGCUUUAGAACUGAUGAGAAACAGCACAACCUGAGAUGAAUCAGCCAACGUUACAAACUCUAAUAUUCUAACAAAGUUAAUGGAUAUAUAUUUUAGUAUUCAUAUGUUAUUGCUUCCAUUUUUGUUUUGUUGGAGUUAACAAGGACUAACAUAUAUUAUUAUAUCAUAUUGGCUUCAGUACAGUGUCAUGUACACAGGGCUGUAGUGGGAGAUCUAUACUACAGUCCUGCAUGUACAUACCUG